AUGACACGUGAUAUUUUCUUUGCUAUUUUAAAAGACACACAAGACGGACCAUCACGUCCAAAGUCAUUACCAGAUCAAAGUGAUAUUUUACAUGAGGAUAUUGGUAAAGCAUCUGAUAUUGCUCAACCUGGAGGAUUUCGUCGAGAUCAUGUGAUUGCGAAUCUUGGAGGCAAUAGUCCACAUGUUCCUGUAUAUGUACAAGAUUCUUUCUUAAAAUCAAUUCAACCGACACGAGGUUUUCUAGAAUCUGCAUAUGGUGACUUUAUUCUAGCCUAUCUGGAUCUUGCAGAUGACAAUGAUAGUCUGGAUGAGACAACAACGCCGAUACUAAGUCGUGCGUGGAAACGUCGACCUGAAAAACAACAGCCUGGUGCAACGAUUGGGAAAACCGUGUUUACGAUCCUCAAGUCGUUCAUUGGUAGCGGUAUCUUGUUCUUACCAAAAGGUUUUCAAAACGGAGGCAUGCUCUUCUCUUUAUCAGCACUGUGUACCUCUACAAUGUUGUCAAUCUUUUGCAUGUUGCGUCUGACCGACUGUUCCGAUGCUGUGAGGAAACGUGGUUGUACCAGCGUCUCGUAUGGUCUUGUUGGCGAAAAAGCAUUUGGAAAAAUUGGCCGCGUCGCUGUCAAUAUUUCCCUCGUGCUCUCGCAGAUUGGUUUCUGCUGCUCGUACUUGAUUUUUGUGGAAAAGAACAUUGGCGAAGUCAUUUUGGCUGCUUUUGGUAUCCAUAGGACUACAGCAUCUUCGUCAUUGACGCUGAUAAUGCUUCAGAUCUUGUUAUACACGCCGCUAUCGUGGGUGCGUCACAUUGAAUACUUUGCGCUCACAAAUUUGUUUGCAGAUCUCCUCAUCUUGUUUGGCAUCGUAUACAUCAUAUCUUAUACGGUGCAAACGCUGGAUGAAGAACCAGUUGGUAGCGGUACGUGGGAAAAUUUUAACUCAACGAGCUGGGCCAUGCUACUGGGUACUGCUGUGUACUGCUUUGAAGGCAUUGGAUUAGUGUUGCCGAUAUAUGAUGCGAUGGACGACGACAUCAAGCACAAGUUUCCACGCAUCCUUUCGUACACUGUGUUGUUUCUUGUAACUCUAUUCUCUGUCUUUGCUGGACUCGUGUACGCCGCAUUUGGUCAGGAUACGCAGCCCGUCGUUACGAUGAAUCUACCCAGUGCUCAAGACAGCGUUGCUACCAUGUCUGUCCAGCUGACGUACUCGCUUGCACUGGUCUUUACGUACCCGCUCAUGUUGUACCCGGUGGUCAAGAUUCUGGAAGGCUACCUAUUCCCUCAUCACAGUCAAAAAGGUUAUUGGCGCUGGGAAAAGAAUGGAUUUCGGUUUGCGCUAGUGUGCCUCACUGCUGCUAUCGCGUAUUUCGGCAAGGAAGAGCUAGACAACUUUGUCGCCCUCAUCGGUGGGUUCUGCUCGGUGCCGUUGGCAUUCAUCUACCCCUGUAUGUUUCACUCAAAGCUAUUAGACGAGGGUCGCACCUUGAACAACAUUGUCAUCGGAAUAGGCAUCUUUACGAUGGUUUUUGCAACAUAUCAAGCCGUAUCAACGUGGAAGUAG